AUGAAUACCCCUCCGAGAGCCUUUGGUCGAGGUCGCCGAGGGAGGGCAACUGCUUUGCCGAGUGCUGGCCAACAGGUUGCCACGAAAUACGUGCCUUUGAAACCGUCAGAAAGCCAAGUUGUUGAUUCUUACAAAGGUGUUAAAGAAGCAAUCGAGACAACUCUACGAAACGUUUCUGAUGAUAAUCUGAAACGUUGCUUACGGGAGGCAGAAAAAUAUGCAACAGACGACGAGAACAUGGAAAAGGUUGUUGCAGAGCUUUUUAAAAAAUCUUUAGAAGAUAAAAAUAUGGCUUACAAUUGUGGCCUCGUUGCUGCAGCCAUGUUUUCUUUAGAAUCGAAUGGUAAUAAUUUCAGGGGUAAAUUCUUCAAAAAGAUACAGGAUACUUAUAAAAGUCGCGAGGCUAUGAAGAAAAAAGCUUUCGACAAGUAUAUUGCCUACACUUGUCUGAUGACUUCCAUAUUCAAAUAUGUAAAGAUCAAACAUGAACCGAUCAAAAUACUUGUAAAACCCAUGUACACGAUGCUUUGUGAACUUGUCGAGUCAAAAACAGAAAAUGAGUUGGAAAGAGAGCAAGAAGUGUUUGCGUUUCGCGAUAAUCUGUUGCAUGUUGCGAUGCUUCUUCAAUCCUCAGACAGGGAGGAAAUGGAUGCCCUUUUCAAAACAGUCCGAUGCAGUAUAAUAAGCGAAACAGUUCCCAAGAUAUCUUGUGUGCUUCUUGAGAUGUUCGAAUUAUAUUGUUGUGGUGACUGGACUGCCAACAUGGAGAUGAAUGAAUUUUACAAUCACUUAAUGAAAGAUAUAAAUGUAAAAUCAUGA